ACACUGUAUGUAAUGUCCCCAUCGCACAGUGAUUUUUACUGACUCUCGGCGGGUGGCGGGCGCGGCAUUGCCUAUAUUUCUCCUGGUGUGGAAAGUGCUGCUGUGGGCGUGAUGACCAAGAUGGCGUGUGUGCUGGAGCCUCCGCUCCGGAUGAGCGUGCUGUCUGAGGUCACAGCAAGCAGUCGUCAUUAUGUUGACCGACUUUUUGAUCCAGAUCCACAGAAAGUCCUGCAGGGAGUUGUAGACAUGAAAAAUGCAGUAAUUGGAAACAACAAGCAGAAAGCUAACCUGAUUGUUUUGGGUGCUGUACCAAGGUUAUUAUAUUUGCUACAGCAAGAGACCUCAAGCACUGAGCUCAAGACAGAAUGUGCUGUCGUUCUGGGCAGUUUGUCCAUGGGCACUGAAAAUAAUGUCAAGUCACUUCUAGAUUGUCACAUUAUCCCAGCUUUACUGCAAGUACAUCACACUGCAUUUCCAGGGUUGCUGUCCGCUGACAUACGAUUUAUUGAAGCUUGCUUGCGGUGUCUUCGUACAAUAUUCACCAGUCCUGUCACUCCAGUGGAGCUAUUGUAUACGGAUGCCACUGUUAUCCCCCACCUUAUGCUAUUACUCAGCAGAUCCCUAUAUUCUCAGGAGUACAUCUGCCAGAUUUUUGCCCACUGUUGUAAGGCACCAGAUCACCAGACUAUUUUAUUUAAUCAUGGGGUGGUCCAGAAUAUUGCCCAUUUGUUAACAUCCAUGUCGUACAAAGUACGCAUGCAAGCAUUAAAAUGCUUUUCUGUUUUAGCGUUUGACAAUCCACAGGUAUCCAUGACAUUAGUAAAUGUUCUGGUUGAUGGAGAAUUGUUACCACAGAUCUUCGUGAAGAUGCUACAGAGAGAUAAACCUAUAGAAAUGCAGCUGACAGCUGCUAAAUGUUUAACAUAUAUGUGUAGAGCGGGAUCCAUUCGAACGGAUGAUACCUGCAUUGUGUUAAAGACCCUUCCCUGCUUGGUACGCAUGUGUAACAAAGAGAGACUUUUGGAGGAAAGGGUGGAAGGUGCAGAAACGUUGGCUUACCUAAUUGAGCCUGAUGUGGAGCUGCAGAGGAUUGCCAGCAUCACUGACCAUUUGAUCUCCAUGCUUGCCGACUACUUCAAGUACCCCAGCUCAGUUAGUGCCAUCACUGACAUAAAAAGGCACAGAGGAACAGGGCAGACUUUCACUGGUCCAGAGGAAGCAGAGCCCAGAGGGACUGGGGAUGAAUCCCAGUGUACUGCAGCCUCUAUUACACUUCCAUUGUCACAAAUGACAUCGUACACCCAACAUUGCUCCCUGCUGACUGCAGAAGAGAAGCUUGACCAUGAUUUAAAGCACGCUCAUGAGUUGCGCCAGGCUGCCUUCAAACUCUAUGCAUCACUUGGAGCAAAUGAUGAAGACAUCAGGAAGAAGAUCAUUGAGGCUGAACAUAUGAUGGACCGGAUUGUGAAUGGCUUAUCAGAGUCUAGUGUCAAGGUGCGGUUAGCAGCAGUCAGAUGUUUACACAGUCUGUCCAGAUCGGUACAGCAGCUACGGACAAGUUUUCAGGAUCAUGCCGUGUGGAAGCCCUUAAUGAAGGUCUUACAGAAUGCUCCUGAUGACAUCCUUGUUGUAGCUUCUUCAACGUUAUGCAAUCUUCUCCUGGAGUUUUCCCCUAGUAAAGAGCCUAUACUGGAAUCUGGAGCUGUAGAAUUGCUGUGUAGUUUGACCCUCAGUGAAAAUCCUGCCCUCAGAGUCAAUGGGAUCUGGGCUCUUAUGAACAUGGCUUUUCAGGCGGACCAGAAGAUAAAGUCUGAUAUUUUGAGAGGUCUAAGUACAGAGCAGCUGUUCAGACUACUAUCUGAUUCUGAUGUCAAUGUAUUGAUGAAAACAUUAGGACUUCUGCGAAAUCUACUCUCCACACGCCCACACAUAGACCAGAUAAUGAGUACCCAUGGGAAGCAGAUCAUGCAGGCAGUGACCUUUAUCCUGGAAGGCGAACAUAACAUUGAGGUCAAGGAACAGACUCUAUGCAUUCUGGCCAACAUAGCAGAUGGAACAACGGCUAAAGACCUCAUCAUGACAAAUGACGACAUCUUGCAGAAAAUAAAGUAUUAUGUGGGUCAUUCUAACCUGAAGCUGCAACUGGCAGCUAUGUUCUGUAUAGCGAACCUCACAUGGAAUGAAGAGGAAGGUUCACAAGAACGCCAAGAUAAACUGCGGGAAAUCGGAAUUGUUGAAAUACUCCACAAACUUAGCCAGUCAACAGAUCCAAAUCUCUGUGACAAGGCAAAAACAGCACUUCAACAGUACUUUGCAUGAACGUUCAAAAGAGUCGUCAUCCCGCCACCGAAUUCCAUUCCCAACUUUCUCAACACCUGUUGACAAACUAGCCUGGUUUUCUCAUAAGUGCACACAGUCACCUUGGACUUUCUAUGCUCCGUGCAGCCCAUCUUAACAAGUAGCUGCACCUGGAAGGACUACUUUGUAUAACCCCUUCAGCCCUAAAGGAGUUAUUAGUAUUAUUACUAUUUUUGUUUUUUUGUACGUUUUGGGAUUUUUCUGUGCUAACAUGGAUUUUUAUGCUAUUGCUGCAACCUAUUUGUGUGCGUGGCUAAAUACCUCAACUCCCUAUCAUUAUUACUUACAGAAACCUCUGGAGACUUAGAAACAAGAGUGCAGAGCCAUCUUCCAUUUUGUUUUUAUGUUUUUUUUUCUUCCCUCUAACAGAUUCCCCAGGGCAUGUAAUCAGAUUUACUGAAAACCUUCAAAUUCUAUACAGUUUGUAAAAAUUUUAUUUAAGAAAAAAAAAAAUCUAUGUAUAAAUAUAAAUAUAUAUAAAUACACAUGCUCAAGAAACACACAGGACAUUAAGUGCCGCAAAAGUUUGUUUAAAUUUUUGAGCAGACAGAUAUUUGUAAGUAAAAUUAUAUGCAUUUCUGAAGUGAAUCUUUGUAUAUAUUUUUGGUUUUCUACAAAUACAUGGGUGACUGCCUAUUCAAGCAAAGCUGAGUUAAUUAAAGCUUUUCUCUUUUAUCUUGA